GGUAAGUCACAAAGAAGACAGCAGGCAGCGAUAGCACCAGCCGAUGCUCCACUAAUCUUAUCCAGCAGCAAAUGCGGUGCAUAUUUUUUAAAACAUACUGCUACACCAACAUGGUUGGAAACGUCCUCACUACUGUGCGAACAACAGCUGUUUUCACGAAACACUGAGAGAUAAUCUUCAGAAUGGAUAACAAAAAAAAAAAAGCACUCCAUACAAGUAAAGAGAUAUAACUUGUGUGAUGACGUGAUUCGUAAAUACGUAGGCUUAUUCCUUAUUGGUUGAUGAUAAGUGGUGUGGUGAUCGCUCCACCCAUCAAUGCGUAUGUGUAUUUGUGUUAAUGCGAUUUUUUAGACGACUUUUUUUUAUCAAAAAUACAAGGAUACAUUUUAAAUCUUUCCGCAUCUGAUUUCUGCAUAAAAUCUGCAUUGCUCUAAAUUAAUAUAAUAAAUCUGAUUGACUUAAAAGGUUAAGAGGUUAAGCACUUAACCUCUAUAAGUAUGCUAAAAUAUAUACAGAGAUUUUAUACGUUAUUGUAUAAAAACUGACGUCAUACUCUCUCAACGCUCGUGAACGACGUAAUAUUGACAAAUAUUUUUUACUGAUUAUAUAAUGAUAUUAUAAAUUAUUUCGUUUUAUUGUUUUUUUUUCUCAGCUAAAUGUUCGUCGAUGUAUAGUUUGAAUUCUAUCAGACGACGUAAAACGUUAAUCGCACUGUUUAUAAGUACAAACUUAUUACGUAAUUAGAUCUGCGAUCUUAAUAAAGCUUUGUUUCAAUCUAUCUACAUGUGCGCGCUUAUAUAUGUAGACAGACGUGUACGUGUACAUAUACGUACAUUCGAUGCAAUAAAUAAAAACAAAAUAUAUAUACAAAAAAUAUAUAUUUGAGAAAAAUAUUAGAAAUUGCGUAUAUAAACGUUUGAAUAAAUCAUGAAUAUAAUAGAUGAGAAUAAUAUGUUAAAUGUAUUAAAUACAAGUUUGAUGACUCGUAAUUGGAAUGAUUUAUAUGACAGUCUUAAUCCAAAGUCUUUUGGCACUAUUAAAUCCAGGCAAUUAUUUAAAGUCUUAGCAAAAAUUGCUGAGAUAGUCGUGAACGAGGAAAAUGAUAUACCCGAUAAGCUUAAAAUUAUAUUGCUGAAAUGUUUGGGCAAUUCUUGUUUAAAUGUCUACACGCAUGCAGAUUAUGAAUCGAAUAAUACAGAAUAUGGAAAAUAUUGUAAAAAAUUGUAUGCUAACUUAGCAGAAGAUAGAUUAAAAUUUCAAUAUGAACUACAGGAAGAAAAUAUCUGCUUUCCAUAUAAUGGUAUUGCAGAGUGGACUGUAGAUUAUAUUAUUUUAAAUUGUGAUGUUGCAUUGUCUGAAGAACAAAUACAAGUGUUAAGAUUAUGUAUACAAUUUUUAUGUAAUCUCUUUACGUUCGCUUGCAACAAUAGAAAUUUAUUGCAAUGUAAAAGGAUAAAGAAUUAUUUAAAUGGUACAACAUUCCAAAAUGCUAUUGUAAAAUUCAUAUGUUUUGAGGAUAUUUCAGUAGCCAGAGCAGCUUGUAUGUUCAUACAUAAUGCCUUGAAAAAAUUUGGCCAAGAUUACUUUACGUGGAAUGAUAAAAUCUAUGUAUGCUCUCAAUUGUUAAAGAAAGUUGAAGAUUUACAAUGUGCAAAGGAUGCGUUGCUAUGUCUGUUAAAUCAAGAAAACGUAUUUAAAAGCGUUUAUGAAGAUAUCUCAAUGGAAAAUAAGUUAAAUUUACUUCAAAUAAUUCACGAAGAGGCUCAGAAUGUGAUUUAUCGACAUGAAAAAAGUGACACAGGAUUUACUUUCUGUCAGAAGCUUAUCGAUUUUUUGUCAGAUCGCUUUUGCAAAAGAAGUGAUCUUAUAUUAAAAACAAAAGACACGUAUUUAAAUAAUUUUGAGCCUAUGGAAAUAAUUAUCCUUCUUGACAUAUUAGGAGUCCUUACAUCAGAGGCCACAGAUGAACUUUACAUCAUUCAGAAUAAUAGAAGUCUUCUUAUAAAUUGCUGCUAUUUAUUGAAAUCUUUACAUAUGUGUGGUAAAGAAUCAGAGAAUUACUUUACAUCUAUACAAAGAUUGAGUGACGUAGCACCAUCUACACAAAAAAGAGAAUACGAUCUAGAACACCAUCCUGGUUUUGGCUUUAAAGCAAGUUUGAUAAGAAUAAUUGGGAACAUGUCAUACAAGAAUAAAAAAUGUCAAGAUAUUAUCCGUGAAACAGACACUAUUCCUUUACUUUUUGAUUGUUGUAAUAUCGAUGCCCGAAAUCCAUUAAUAAUGCAGUGGAUUAUCUUAGCGAUUCGUAACCUGUGUGAAGAAAAUUUGGAAAAUCAAGAAAUUAUUCGUAAUUCUACAAAAAUCGGUGUUAUGGAUAACACUAUUUUAAAGGAAAUGGGAUUAACUCUGCAGGAUAACGAAAAUGGAAAAUCUAUCGGAAUCGUACCGUUAUCAUGAAUCAAUAAAAACUUAUUAAUAUAA